AUGCAUCAAGCUUGUCCGUCGUUUAAAAUUCCAAGCGUGGAUACACUUAAAGCCCAAUUCGAUGCUUUUUUCAGUACCAUGCAUUUGAAAUUUGAAAACAUAUUUGACAAUAUUUCUCACUUGGCAUUAACCUGUGAUAUUUGGAGUGAGAUGAUGACUGUUACCAGUUAUUUAGGGGUUACUGCUCAUUAUUUGCAUGAUGACAGACUUGUAUCGCGUUGCAUAGCUGUUGCACUGGAUCAACGGCAUACUGGUGACUACAUAGCUGACAAAUUAAGAGAAAUUUGUGCAGGUAUGCACAUCAGCCUGGAAAAAAUAACUGCUGUAGUUACGGACAACGGCUCAAACAUGACAGCAGGCAUAGCUAAUUUUCUAGAAAAAAAUAAGCACUUGCCUUGCUUUGCUCAUACAAUCAAUCUUAUCGCUGAAUCUGCAAUGUCAGUCAAUGAUUUCAGUUCAUUAGUAAGCAAAGUACGAGACAUCGUCAAAUUUUUCAAGAGCAGUGUAAUUCUCAGCGACUCUUUACGUCAAAAGCAAACUGGCUCUCAACCUCUCAAACUGAUUUAG